AAUCCCAGAGGCGCUCCGACAAGCCACACGAUCCCCUCUCGGUAAUUUUGUCAGUGUAUCUAGCAUCUCGGUAAUGUAGAAUUUUGUAAGAACAAAAUUUUCUUAAAAAAAUAAAUCAAAAUUUAUUAUAGUUGGGUUUUGUAAGAAACAAUUAGCAUCAAAAUUAAGAGAUAUUGUGAGAAUAAUCGUCUCAAUGGAUACUUCUCCUACUAAUUACUCGAAAAAAAUAAAAUAUAUAUAUAUAUAUAUAUAUAUAUAUCGCUUGGGUGUCUACUAAUUGCCUUUUGUCUUCACGAAAACCGUGUACGCAAGAACAAUGCAAUUUUACUACGGAGUUGUCAUCGACAUCUGGUGUGCUGUGCUAGUAUUGAUGGGUUUGGGAACAAUCAGUUUUACUCAUUAUGCUUAUAGAUGGAGGAAUCCAAAGUGCAGAGAUGGAAAACUUCCACCAGGUUCGAUGGGAUUCCCUCUCAUCGGAGAGACCAUUCAGUUUCUGAUCCCAAGUUACUCUUUGGAUACUCCACCUUUCAUUAAGAAGAGAGUCGCCAGGUAUGGAAAACUGUUUAAAACUAGUUUGGCAGGGAAAAAGAUGGUUAUAACGACAGAUCCCGAGAUCAGCAACUACAUAUUCAUGGAAGAAGGGAAGUCUGUUCAUUUGUGGUACAUGGACUCAUUCGAUAACUUUCUAGGAGAGGCUCUCAUAAAUUCAACAGCAACUGCUUACAUUCACAAGUAUCUUAAAAAUCUAUUUCUCAAUCACGUCGGCAAUGAAAGCUUAAAAGACAAGUUGCUCCCUAAAAUUGAAUUGAUGGCCAACCAAGCCUUACAUUCCUGGUCAACUCAACCUUCUGUCGAAGUUAAAGAAUGCACCGCCAAUAUGGUAAUUGAGUUGGUACUGAAGGAACUACUAGGCUACGAUUCUACAAAGUCUACUCAUAAUUUGGUUAAGAUGUUGUCUGAAUUUAUAAAAGGUAUUAUCAACAUUCCCCUUAACGUACCCGGCACUACUUUCCACAGAUGUAUGAAGAACCAAAGGAAAGUGUUGAACCUAAUGAAGGACAUCCUACGCAAGAGACAAAACUCGACCGGAAAACGUGAAGGAGAUUUUCUAGAUCAACUCAUCGAUGAUGUUAACAAGGAGGAAUUCAUGACUGAAGAGUUAGCUGCUGUUUUAAUGAUUGCACUUGUUUUUGCUAGCUUUGAGACAGUUUCUACAGCAUUCAGAGUGGCAAUGAUGUUUUUAACAGACGAGCAGCCGCAUAAUUUGGUUCUGAAGAAACUACUGGAAGAGCAACAGGCCAUUAUUGACAGUAGAGAAAAUGUUGAUUCUCCACUUACAUGGAAAGAAUACAAAUCAAUGACCUUUACGCCUCACGUUAUUAAUGAAACACUUAGGAUGACAAAUGGUAUACCUGGGAUAGUGAGAAAGGCCAACAAAGAUGUACAUAUAAAUGGAUAUGUAAUUCCCAAAGGCUGGAUAAUCAUGGUUUCUCAAACAGCAAUUCAUAUGAACCCAGACAAAUUUAAGGAUCCCCUCUCUUUUAAUCCGUGGAGAUGGAAUGACAUCGGACCAAAUAUUAUGGGCAAAAGUUUCAUCCCUUUUGGAGGAGGGAAGAGGAAUUGUGCUGGGACUGAGUUCACUAAGGUUUUAAUGUCCGUAUUUUUGCAUGUUUUGGUCACCAAAUUCAGUUGGACAAAAGUCAAAGGAGGACAAGCAGUUCGACGGCCUGGUUUAUCGGUGAAAGAUGGUUUUCAUGUUAAAAUCUCACCGAAGAUUGAAUAUAUAUCAAGGAAACGGGUCUGAAAAUUUAGUACAGAUGAUAGAUGAAGACGAGUUUAGGAUUGCGGUGAAUUCAGAAAAUUGUUUUUUUGUUAUCCUGUCUUAUGUGGUGGAAAUGAAACAAGUUGCACUUUCGAGAAAAAAAUAUCUAGAGUAUUAGUGUUAGUUAUGUAGCUUGUGAUGAAAAAAAAAUAUGUUUUAAAAAUUAUUUUUAAAUGCAAUCUUAAAUUUCAAAGA